CCAAGGAUUUUGCAAAGUGUAUCUUGAACUACUUGGAGACUUCAGUACAGAUAAAUGUAUCCAAUAUGGGCCAUCCCUUGGGCUGCUUUGGGCAUCUCCUGUGGAUGCUGAUGCUCCUUCAUUUGCCACUGCGAGAAGUCCAUGGAUUUUUCCCCAACAUCUGGUCUCGUACCAUAAGCUUCAGCUGGGGAUCCAUCACCCACCAGGACAUGACUGAAGAUGCAAUCCUGAACAUCACCCUUCGUCUCUUUAUGGAGACACCUCACCCUACCAAGGGGAAGCACAUCCAAGAAGAGGACUUUAAGGGCAAGACCUUAUUGGCUGAUGACAUCUUUGCCGCUUUCUAUGGUCCUGAGGUAUCGGCCAAGCGUUUCCGUGCAGCCAUUGCAGAAGUAGCCAACGCCAAUGCCGCCAUGGACUUUGUGAAUACGACUCGGGAUGACCCCGUUUUCCACUUCGAUUCGGAGCUCAUUCACUCCACCAAUGCCCGGCUGUUGCAGGUUCGCAAAGAGGUCCUCCAAGCUGUGCGUUCUGAGCAAUACGGCAUCGCCCGAAAAAUGUUGGGACAGCUGCUCCAUUCCUUGCAGGAUUUCUACAGCCACAGUAACUGGGUAGAACUUGGAAACGAGGAAAUACAUCUGGACUUGGUU